CUUCCGACGCCGGUGGGAGACGAGUGUAGCGUGUGGCUUUGUAGGAGAGAAACGCACUGUUGGAGUUUUGCGUUCCUGGUGCGAUCCCUUUUCAAGAUGUCAGGCCACACACCCUCACUCAUGAGACUGGAACAGAAGGCCGCGGAGGCUGACCAGAUCAUCGAAUACCUCAAGCAGCAGGUCCAGCUGCUGAAGGAGAAAGCCAUUGUGCAGGCCACAGUGAAAGAGGAAAAGAAACUGAUGGUGGAGAAUGCCAAGCUCAAGAAGGACAUUGAGGAACUGAAGAAACAACUUCUGGAAAUGGAAAAGAAGAGAGGAGUGAAAGGUGUGUCCGUGCCUUCAGCAGAGCCCAGCAUCCAGUGUGUCUCUAAACCCACAGCCUCAGAGCCACCUGCCCCAGCAGCCCCUUCUGCUCCUGCCCCAGCCACAAAAACCCCACCAGCCAAAAACAAUGAUGAUGGCAAAAAGAUGAAAGCUGAGAAGAAGGGUGAGAAGAAGGAGAAGAAGGCAGCGGCGCCUCCUCAGGAAGAGGCGAAAGUAGACGUGUCUCGAUUGGAUUUGCGUGUGGGCCGCAUCAUCAGCGCCGAAAAACACCCGGACGCUGACUCUCUCUACGUUGAGCAGGUGGAUGUUGGUGAAGCAUCUCCACGCACUGUUGUCACUCCACUGACCAAACACAUCCCCCUGGACAAGAUGCAGAAUCGUAUGGCUGUGCUUCUAUGCAACCUGAAGCCUGCUAAGAUGAGAGGCGUCUUAUCCCAGGCCAUGGUCAUGUGUGCCAGUUCUCCAGAGAAGGUUGAAAUCUUGGAUCCCCCAAGUGGAGCCAUGGCUGGAGACAGGGUUACCUUCCAGGGCUUCCCAGGUGAGCCCGACAAGGAGCUGAACCCUAAGAAGAAAGUGUGGGAACAGGUCCAGCCAGACUUGCGCACCGAUGACCAAUGUGUGGCCACUUACAAGGGAGCUGCCUUUGAGGUCGCUGGCAAAGGAGUGUGCAAAGCUCAGACAAUGAGUAACAGCGGAAUCAAAUAGAAACUUGGGGGUGAUUUCUGUCUGUGAGAAGACUUAUUCUCUUACCUCGAGCUCUCUAACUGCGCUAAAUUAAAGGACACAUUUGAGAUGAAUAAAGUCUUUGAAUGCUA